UCGACAGUGUCACCUGAGGCUCGGGGUAGGAGCAGGAGACCGGGGACAAGAGGCGAAUUGAGGAUGUCUUUGAAUGAAGAGGGUUACGUGGUUCGGAUCAGAGGACUACCCUGGUCCUGCACCCACGAGGAGGUGGCCAGUUUCUUCUCUGACUGCGACAUUGUUGGGAAAGUAAACGGAGUGUGUUUCACCUACUCCAAAGAAGGCCGUCCCAGCGGAGAGGCAUUUAUUGAGCUGAAAACAUCCGAGGAUUUCAAGAAUGCCCUUGCCAAGGACCGUAAAUACAUGGGACACCGAUAUAUAGAGGUGUUCAAGUCAAACCGAAGUGAAAUGGACUGGGUGCUGAAACGUAGCGGUCCUGCUGACUAUGACAGCUGCAGUGGCUGCAUGCUGAGACUUAGAGGCCUGCCCUUUGGCUGCAGCAAGGAGGAGAUUGUUCAGUUCUUCUCAGGGUUGAGAAUCGUGCCAAAUGGGAUUACUCUGCCAGUGGACUACCAGGGGAGGAGCACAGGGGAAGCCUUCGUGCAGUUUGCCUCAAAGGAGAUAGCAGAAAAGGCUCUGGGGAAACACAAGGAAAGAAUAGGGCACAGGUAUAUAGAAAUUUUUAAGAGCAGUCGUAAUGAGAUCAGAGCCUACUAUGAGCUGCCCCGGCGGGGAAUGGGAGGCCAGAGACCAGGGCCCUACGAUAGACCCGUGAUGGGGGGCCCGAGGGGAGGGUUUUUCGGGCCCGGGCCUGGCCGCGGUGGGACUCUGAUGGACACCAUGAGGAGUGGAGGAGGAUAUGGAGGAGGUUACGGGGGCUUUGACAGCUACAAUGGUUUCAACAACUACUGUUUUGGAAACGGCAUGUUUGAUGAACGAGUGAGAGGAGAGAGGGGAGGAAGAGGGAUGGGAGGCCAUGGUUAUGGUGGUCAAAGUGAUAGUGGGUCAGGGUUUCAUAGCGGCCAUUUUGUCCAUAUGAGGGGUCUACCUUUCCGUGCCACAGAGGGAGACAUUGCUAAGUUCUUCUCUCCUUUGAAUCCACUGAGGGUCCACAUCGACGUGGCCCCUAACGGCAAGUCCACUGGAGAGGCAGAUGUGGAGUUUCGCUCCCAUGAAGACGCAGUGGCAGCCAUGUCCAAAGACAAGAACCACAUGCAGCAUCGCUAUAUUGAGCUGUUUCUCAACUCAACAGCCAGUGGAGCAGCUGAAAUGAGCCGUGGCGGCGGUGGUUACUACGGUAACUCGGGAGGGGGCGGGGGCUCACGGAGCAGCGGGCUGCGAGGGGCAUACUGAUGAAGUCAUCCCACUCUUCCAAUCCAUCCUGGCGUUUGUCUCACAUCUCUUUAGGCCACAUUUACACAGCUGACAUUUCUAAGCAGGAAGGCUGAUACGAAGUCACUCGUUUGUUAUGUUACAGUCGUUACUGUGGGUUCACAGUAUAGCUUCACUAAGAUACUACAAACAGACCAAAUAUGACCUUAACGAGCACUAUUAUCACACCAUUCCUAAAAGCAUAUGAAGAACAAAACAACUUCUCAGUAUUAUAAUAUUGGAGCUGUUGUAGGUGUCGAACACGGUCAAUGGCUCAUUGCUUAUCUUAUAUUUUUUUAAUUGGAUAUUAUAAUAGAGUUUUUCAUGAAGCACAUUUUGUAACCAGGAGAAAUCAGACACCUAUUUAUGCUUCCAGAGUUUUGAACGAGAUUGAAAGGGCAGUAGCUGGAUGUGUUCGUUUUAGUGACUUUAUUGGGAUGCACUUUAAUUCAUCAUGUUGGCAGAAGAUGUAAAUCAGUGCAGAUGCAGCAGAGGCAAACGGUCAUUAGACACAGAUUAACAGCUGUGUGAUUUUGUGUGACACACAAGAAGAGAGCGACUUGAUUGUCAGUGGACUGUCAGGACCAAGCUUGUUCCCUGGAUGAUGACGGUGCUUUGGCUUGGAUGAGGUGUCGAGGUGAAUGAGCAGUGAGAAGCAACAAGAAUUUUAAAAACAUUUUGAAAAUCUUUUUUGUUGGGUCUGGUAAAAACUUGGUUACAGCAGAACAUUUAACCAUCCUGUAACGAUUUGAAAUCUGAUUUCAGAUCAGCUUUUCUGCUUUGAAAAAUUUGCUAAAUGUGAGCCAUUGUGUUUUAUAUGAAUGUUUUCACAGUUCAUUACAGAAUUUCAAACUUAAGUUGAAUAUUAUAUUCCACUCUCAAAGAGUGGAAGUAAAAUAAAGUCUCUAUAUUUGAGCUGUAAGAUAGCUUAUGCAGCUGUUGUACAUUUUGCCUAAUAAAUUUUAUAUUUAAUUCUC